GCGCUCGUGUGUAUGUGUGUGCGCGCGCGUGACUGCAUUCACUUUGUUUGGUCGAUUAGUCGUGCAUGGCAGAUACAUGUGCUUCCUUCUUUGACAUUUUUUUUUCUAGCAUAUAACACACUCUUUCUCUCAACGUUGAUAUUUGCGUUCGCGUUGAAAAUUGCGAUUAUUGAAAAGACAUUUCUCGGAAAGGGAAAGAAAUGGCCGCGGCGCGAGACGAAUCGAGAGAGCUCGUGCAUAGAGCUGUUAUCCCGACCGAUUCGCAGAGAGCAGUUGCGGAGUACUUUAUAUCCAAGCAAGAGGAACGUCAGACUAUCAAAAAAUAUCCAGAGUGGGACAGAGCGAGGGUUUGCCCGGCGACAGAGGUGAUCAGGGCUCGUCGAGAAUUAGCCGAGGUCGAAGAGAUAUUAAAGGAGAAACGAGCGGAACAGAAGAUAAAACGUAAAUGCGUGGACGAGCAGUGGGAGGACGCGAGAGAGGAGCAAUUGCAGUUGCGGCAAUCUCUCGUAAAGUUUAAUACGCUCGUGAAGGAGAACGUCGAGAAGCGCGAGCGAGCCGAGCAGAAGAUCAAAGAGGAGCACGAGCGCCAGGAGAAAUGCAAGCUAGAAAUCGAGGAAUUGGAGCAGAAAUUGCGCUGCAUGAGAGACACGCGCGAUAAAAUGCAGCGAAACGUAGGGGAAUACAGGAAGUACCAAAAUUACUUGGACAGGGUCGUGAACGAGACGGGCGAGUUUCAGUCGAUCAAUGAAAUUUUUAAUCGCUACGAAACUUUAGUCGAGGCCAGGCAAGCGUUGUCUGAUCAUCAAGACAGGAACCUUCAGAUGCUCGAAGACAAAGGAACAGAAAUACAUCACUUGACGGAAGUCAAGACGCAAGUAUUGAUGGGCUUGAAUAAUAAAUUGGCCCAAUUGCAAGCGAGGUACGAUCAGGCGAAAGCGCAGGCAUUGAAAUGGGAGACGAUCGUAUCGAAGAUAAAGGAGACCGCCGCUGCGAAGAACUUGGAGCUUACGCAAGUGAAGGCGUGCUGCUGGAACAUCUAUCAGCAGAUUUGCAAAAGGAAAGAGAUACCCGUCAAGGUGGCCAGCGAGGACGUCGAGCAACAGCUGAUCCACAUCAAGCGCACCAUCCUCGAAUUGAAGCGAAUUAUCAAGACCGUCAAGAAGAAGGUGCGGGAAGAGAAAGGCUUGUCGCAUCGCGACUAGAGCCGCCGGUAAGUGACAGGCGGACACGUUGUGAAGCAGCUCCGAGUAAUCCUCCAUGAGCCUCUGUCGCAGCUUCUGCAU